AUUCAUUAAUUGGUGAAAUAACAAAACGAAAGUUGCACGAUAAAUCAGAUAUCAAACAAAUUAAUAUGAAAAAAUUGUUUUUGCUUCUCGUUGUCACAGCUGCAUAUUCAAAAGCUGAAGCUUUGAAUUUAUUUAACCAACCAAAGCUUUCAAUAUCUGUAGUGACUGCAACUGCAAGAAGAAACGUUUCAGUGCCUUUGGAUCAUUUUGAUCGUCAAAACGUCGUUGAAUGGGAUAUGCCUUAUUAUGUUAUCGAUGAGUUUCAUCAACCUAAUGGUCCAAUAUUUCUUCGAGUUACUGAUAGAUUUGACCCAAUAUAUUCUUCUGGUGUUGGUUUGAUGUAUGAUUUUGCAAGGGAAUUUAACGCUCUUAUUGUUGAAACAACGUUGAGAUUUCACGGUGAGGCAAGACCUACGAACAAUCUUGAACUAGAAAAUCUAAAAUUUCUAAAAACGGAUCAAAACAUCGCUGAUAUUGCACAUCUAGUGACAUGGAUCAAAGCAUCAAAUCCUUCACUUGCUGAUUCUAAAGUUAUUGCAUAUGGUGAACGUUAUGGUGCAUCACUUGCAGUAUGGACUCGUUCAAAGUAUCCACACCUGAUUGAUGGUGUAUGGGCUUCAAGUGCACGUUUAAAUGCAGUUUUUGACUUUACUCAAAUGCUUGAAGCUAUUGCAAACACAAUCGUUCAAAUCGGAGGUUUACGAUGUUAUCAACAAAUAGAAAGAGCUUAUGAACAAAUUGAAGAACUUUUACAAAAUCAGGAAUAUGAAGUAAUUGAAAAUAGUUUCAAUCUUUGCAGUAGUAUUACCAACACUACUACAGGGAUUGGUACAUUAAUGAAUGGAUUAGCUGUUAUUUAUUCUACAAGAUUUUCAUAUGGCAGACCAUCAGAGACUGAAGAAUUUUGUGAAUUGAUGACAAGUGAUUUGAAUGAUGACGAUGCUUUUACUAGAUAUUCGCGGUACACUAGAGAUAUAUUUUGGUUUGGUCCUUGUAUCUUUAUCGACUAUGAGUAUAUUCGUAAAAUGUACAGUGAAAUUGAAUGGGAAUCACUAGCGGCAGAAAAUAGUUUACGUCAGACUUUUUAUCAAAUGUGUUCAGAAUUUGAACAUUUUACGUCAUCAAGUUCACCUUACCAACCUUUCGGAAGUCGAUUCCCUGUUGAAAUAUUCUCUUCAGCGUGUACUGAUGUGUUUGGACCAACGUUUGAUGAUGAUUUUAUCAGAAGGCAAAUUGAACUCACAAAUAUUAUGUAUGGUGGUACACAGCCAAAUGUAUCGAAUGUUUAUUUCACAAACGGUGAACUAGAUCCAGAAAGGUUUCUUGGCGUUCUUCGAGAUUUAAAUCCAACUUCUCCAGCUACUGUUAUUCCAGGUGUUGGCGCACAUGCAGACACUGGAUCUAUCGAUUUGGAAAACGAUUCAUUCUUUUUAACACAUUCUAAAUUGCGAGUCGGAAAUUUGAUAAGAGAAUGGUUAAAUUGA